UGCGCUGGUGUGGAGGAGAGGAACAAUGAGGCGGCUGUCGCGCUCAUCCUCCGCUGCGUCUCGGUGGGAGGAAAACACGACGAGCCGUCGCUGGAGGCUUCUUCAGGCUCGGCCUGAACGCGCCUGCCCGCCGCCGGUGAGUCGCCCUCCUCCUGGCCGCGUGAACUCCGGGGAAAGGGAGGGGGGGUUAACGGAGAAGCGACUGAAUACACGAAACAACGGAAGGCUCCCAGUGUCCCGCACGUGAGGGCAGUUGGAGCUGUUCUCCUCUUCACCGCCACCCCCACGUCGCUUUGCAUAUUUAACUUCCGGCUUCUUCUUCUUCUUUUUUUUUUCUUCGCCGGUCCCCAUCAGCUGGGCGAGCAGCUGAUUAAAUGACAGGAGGAUACAGUAUCACCAUGAAGAGCUGACUGGGAAAAAAAAAAAAAAAAACUUCAGUCGGGGAGGAGGCCGGUCGGAGAAGGAAGGAGACACGGACGGAGGAAGAAGAAGUGGAAUAUUCCUGUUCGUUCACAUUUUUCCUGCUUUGGGAUUUGCUACGUUUUGUGGAAAAACACCGUCUGUUAGUUUCAGCUCCCGAAUAUCCGCAGGUUUAAAAAAAAAGGACGGGUUUUUGUUUUUGGACAGAGAAUUCCUCCGGAGUCGUCUUUUUAUAUUUUUAUUUUUAGCACACAUUUAAAACAAACAAAAAAAAAGAAAUUAAACAUGGGGUUGUCUCCUGUAGCCCCCAUUCUCUCUGAAACCAUUAGAAGCUGCUAGACUUGAGCUUCUCGAAGCACUUUCGCCUAAAAAUGAACUGAUGUUUUGUAACACGCAGGUGGCUCCCUUUUUAAGACAACCGUGUGUUUUCAUGUGUUUUUAGGUUGACAACUGCUGACAUAUUUUUUUAAGGACCCCCCCUUCCCCUCCUCCUAUCCCACCGCCUCCCAGAGUUGAGCCCCCCCUCAGUCUAGGCAGCACACAGGUUCCCUCAGUCUCGUCUCCUUUCCACCAUGAGUUACAUGGUCGUGGUGAAUGUAUUGCUCCGUGGACUCGUCAUCUAUGCGGUACUGGGCUUGGAGUGCACUUACAUGAGCGACCUGCCGAGCCACUCUGAUGCUGCCAAUGUAGCCACAACAGAUCCAUGUCUUAUAGUGAUGCCACCAUGCAUGGGCGAGGCCGACCGCUUCAGUCUGGAGGCGCUGCGGCACAUCCACAAACAGCUGGACGACGACAACGACGGGGGGAUAGAGGUCAACGAGAGCGUGGAGUUCAUAAUAGAAGACAUGAAGCAGCAACAAACCAACAAACACAGCAACCUGCACCGUGAAGACCAGCACAUCACAGUGGAGGAGCUGUGGAGGGGCUGGAAGACCUCUGAAGUCCACAACUGGACCGUGGCGGACACGGUGCAGUGGCUGAAGGAGUCGGUGGAGCUGCCGCAGUACGAGAAGAACUUCCGGGACUUCCGGGUCACGGGGAACACGUUACCUCGAAUAGCAGCGAACGAGCCGUCGUUCAUGUCGAUGCAGCUGAAGAUUUUGGACCAGCGGCACAAGCAGAAGUUGAACCUGAAGGCGCUCGACGCCGUGCUCUUCGGUCCUCCUCUCCGCCCACAGCACAACUGGAUGAAAGACUUUGUCUUGAUGGUUUCCAUAGUGAUCGGUGUCGGCGGCUGCUGGUUCGCCUACAUUCAGAACAAAUCCAGCAAGGUGCACAUUUCUCAGAUGAUGAAGGAUCUGGAGAGUCUGCAACACGCCGAGCAGAGCCUCCUGGACCUGCAGAGUCGGCUGGAGAAGGCUCAGGAGGAGAACAGAACGGUGGCCGUGGAGAAGGAAAACCUGGAGCAGAAGAUGAGGGACGAGAUCAUCGAUGCCAAAAAGGAGGCCUACAGGCUGCGGGAGCUGCGAGAGGGCGCCGAGUGCGAGCUCAGCCGGCUCAAAUACGCAGAGGAGGAGCUUGUGCAGGUGAGGAAGGCUCUGAAGCGAGCGGAGAAGGAGAUGCAGUCGGAGCGCUCGAUGCCUGAAGCUCUGCAGAAGUGGCUGCAGCUCACACAUGAAGUGGAGGUUCAGUACUACAACAUCAAGAAACAGAGCGCCGAGUUCCAGCUCUGCGUCGCCAAAGACGAGGCAGAGAAAAUCAAGAAGAAAAGAGGUUCUGUGUUCGGAACGCUUCACGUCGCCCACAGUUCUUCUCUGGACGAGGUGGACCACAAGAUCCUAGAAGCAAAGAAGGCUCUGUCGGAGGUGACGGCCUGCCUGAGGGAGCGGCUCCACCGCUGGCAACAGAUCGAGAAGCUCUGCGGUUUCCCCGUCGUCAACAACUCGGGUCUGCCGAGCCUGACGGCCAGCCUCUACUCAGACCACAGCUGGGUGGUCAUGCCCCGAGUCUCGGUCCCCCCCUACCCCAUCGCAGGUGGAGUGGACGACCUGGACGAGGACACGCCCCCCAUCAUUCCUCAGUUCACUUCUUCGACGAUGAUCCGGCCCCCACUGACCCGCAGCAGCAGCCUGUGUCGGUCCCGUCGGAGCCUGCUGAGCUCCCAACAGUCCUCUCUGAUGUCUCCAGACCCAGACCUGCUGUCCAUGGCCGGCUCGUCCCUCUCCUAUCGCUCCGAGGCAGACGAUGAACACGUCAUGUUCACUAUGGACAGGAGGGGAGAACCGGCUCAGGAUGGCAGCUCCGACUCCGACUCUCUCAACUCGUCCUUCAGCCGCAAGCCGCCGCCCGGCCCCUGCACGCCCGGCCCGGAGACCCCGUACCGCAAGAUCUCCCGCGAGGAGCUGCUGCUGUUCGGCCAGACUCCGGAGCGCCCCGGCUCCACCCACACCAGCAGCAGCAGCAGCAGCAGUCUCAGGGACUCCACGCCACCCCCCAUGCCUCCCACGCCGGCCGCCACCCCCUCCGGGCCCCCCUCCACCUCCCCUUCCCCAGCCCUGGAGCACCGCCCGUUUGCACGGAGCGGCUCGCCCGACCUCACCCGCGUCUCACCCGAGUCCCAGAUUGUGCCCCUCCCACCAGGCAGCGCGCCGUCCCCGACAGGAAAGGGCGUGUACAACGGCGUCCUGGAGAAGUCCUACAGCUUCGGCCAGCUGCCGGCGAGCAUGCUGCCCAGCGCGGGGCGCCAACCAUCGCUCACCUCGCUGGACUCGGAGGGUCGGAGCUUGGGGAGGGAUCACAAGCUCCAGAGCACCCCCUCCCAGGACUCCUGCGACAACGGAGAGAAACUCAAGCGCUCCUCGUCUAAAAUCAAAAACUUAUUUAAGAAGAAGAAAUGAAACGUGUGUGUGUGUGACUGACAGGAAGAGAGAAAACUAAAAUAAUAAGAGUUUUACCGCUGGUGUGGCACUGUACGAUAAAACAUUUCAUUUUCUCUCUUUUCGUCAAAGAUGGAAUGUAGCUCGGUCUGGGUGCUGUGAAACGCUCCGCAGGCUCGAAGCCUUAUUUUUCAACAAUCCUUUUUUUUUUCUUUUUAGUUUUUAGCUCACAGGGAAACGUGCACAGGCCGAGGAGGAACGCUCGUGCGCACCGUCAGUUCGGUUUGAGCUGAAACCAAA